AUGCCAAAUUCGAUUCAGGCACCCUAUGAAACCGUAACAGCACGGCCAUUCAAACCAAAAAAGCAAAAAGCUAAAGAAGUUACUUCUGUUGGAGGUACAACUGCAAUUGCUCGAACGUUAAUGAUGCAGAGUUUAUAUUUGUUUUAUCGAACACCUAUAAAACUUUUCCGACCGCUGAGGGUAGAUUAUCUUGUCAUGGCAAGAGCCUUAAUGCCGAUCGACACAGCUUCAGUAAAACGCUUCUCUUUCAGAUACACUUCCAUCGGUAUGAUAACACACGCUGUUAAAACAAAAGGUUGGACUUUUAUCCCGCGACAUAUACUCCCGCCAUUGAUAGCAAAUACACUUAUAGGAACUGUCUUAUAUACAACUUACAUUGCAACUCUACCUAUUUUUCAUCCACCCAGUGCUUAUCAGUUACAUAGACCCUUUCCUCCACCACCCUAUACUUCAGUUUUUCUGGCUGGUUGCAUUGCAGGUGCUGCACAGUCUGUUAUCGCGACACCACUCGAUUCAUUGAAAGUUCGUUUCGAAGUCAGUGAUCUCUUGGAAGGAAAGCAUAAAUCGAUGUAUCAAUUUGCAAAAUCAACUUUGAAAGAGCUGGGACUGGCGAGUGCAUAUCGUGGCUUUACCCUCACAUUAGCUAGAGAUUCUUUAUCAUGCGGAUUAUUUUUUGCGACCUUUGAGUGGGUGAAGCAACAAGGUUAUUAUUAUUUCCUUGACGAAAUGUACGGUUUACAGGUGAAUUCAAGGAGUACAUUACAAAAAAUUGAAUCGAACUGGAAUGACGACGAGGAAGAAGACGAUGACAAUGAGACAAAGAUCACGGCCGGGCCUCGCAAGAAACGCGAAAAACCACCACUUAUGCUAGAACCUCUAUUUGUUAUCCUCGCCGGUGCGACAGCUGCAGUUGCAUAUCAAAUCAUCGAUCACCCUUUGUCAAAGAUCCACAGCAUCUUUUAUAUUGAAGAAGGUCAGUCUGAAUUUGCAAAUAAAUCAGCUAAGGAGUCUGUAAACAGUUUGUACAAAAGAACCUGGGAACAAUGUAAGGCGCAAGUGAAAUUAAAUGGUGCUAGUUGGCACAGAUUCUUGUAUCAAGAUUUUGCAAGUACUGUACUCAGAGUUGUACCUGCAACAAGUAUAGGGUUCUUGGUCUUUGAACUAGUCAAGCGCGAAAUUGAUUUUAGAGCUAUUGAGCUUGAUUUUAGCUCUCUGUAG